CGCCAAUCGCCGUCGCAAAUCUCUUCCCCAUUCACUUUUCCCCGCUUCAAUUUUCCAGUUGCUGCCGCGGGAACAACCGGAAUUAAUUUCUUCGACGGCGAAAUCAUCGCCUCCGUUGACGCUGCAAGCAAUUGGUUCCGUAUUCCGAAGGUAAUUUUUCACAGAAUCGAUGGAUCUUCUUCUUUAUAGCUUUGGAUUUGGAUUGUUCUUUCUGCUGUUUUAAUUGCCGCCUUUCUCAAAUUUCUUGCCCAUCCGAAUGAAAUUUUUUGUGAUUAAGCUGAUAAGUUGAAAUCUUUUUGUUGUGGGGUUGUUGAUAAUCACAGUGGGAAUGAGUAAGUAUGGUUUAAACCUGCGGGUACCCAAGUCGCAGCAGAAUAAGAAGCCACCGAGGCCGCCGCCUCCCAAGGUCCUGGGGUUUGGGGACGAUGAAGAUGACAAUGUGGAGCAAGAGAUUUUGCGGCAAGCUAGCAAGAACAAGUCUCUUAAAGACGUUGAGGAGCAACAUAAGAAAGCGUUGGAGGAGGACCCGUCGGCGUUUGAUUAUGAUGGAGUUUACGAUGAGAUGAAGCAAGCAGUUGUUCGGCCACGGAUUGAAGAUAAGCAACAGAGAAAGCCCAAGUACAUCGAGGCUCUGAUUCAGAAAGCAAAACAGAGGGAACGUCAACAGGAGGUAGUGUUCGAGCGAAAGAUUGCCAAAGAAAGAAGCCAAGACGACCAUCUUUAUGCCGACAAGGACAAAUUUGUUACGAAUGCCUACAAGAGGAAACUCGCUGAGCGCGAGCAGUGGUUGAAAGAAGAAAAACUCCGUGAACUCAAAGAGCAGAAGGACGACGUUACCAAGAAGAGCGAUUUGACCGACUUUUACUUCAACCUCACCAAGAACGUUGCAUUCGGUGGUCAAGACGCAGAGACGAUACGGCAAGAGAAGCGGGCUGCUGAAGCCAAGAAGGCGGAGGAGGAGAAGCAAGAUGUCGGGGAAUCCUCAGCAGGAGGAGUAGGAGGAUCAAAGGCAACCCCCUCAUCGCUACCGGAGUCUGAGAAGCCAUUGGAUCAAUCACCGGACCGUGAUUCUCAAACACAUCUCGAACCUACAGAUCUCAAGCCAGCAGCUGAUAAACCGGUCUCCGAUGCUUCUUCAUCAGUACCCGCAGAAGAAGUUACCACAGAGGAGCAACCACCGCUGGCUAAGCAAGCUACAGCUGACCAUUAUAAGAGAAAGCAAGAUGAGAUCAAUGCAGCGAGAGAACGUUUGUUGGCCAGAAAGAGAGCAAAACUGCAGCAGCAGCUACUGUAGGGUGGUGGUAAGGACUAACUAGUCCUGUGCAUCAAGGCGGGUGACUUUUGCUGUGAAAUUGUGGGAAGUGAAUUCUUGACCUGAAAUUUUGUCACUGUAACUGCUUACUGAUUGUUACGAGGUCUUGCCCUCAUGUGUCUUUGAGCUGUUUGAAAGCAUUUUGAUAAGAAACUCAAACCAAAGCCAUGAGGUCUGCACCUUACCGUGUGAUGGAUGUUGUUAACCAUUGACAGAAUCUAUGGUUAGCUAUCUUCUUCACCAGAGUCUUUGUGUUUAGAACCAUAGUAUUUUUCACUGAUUUUCUUUUUCAUACAAUGCAGCCAAAAUUGACAGAUCAUGCAGCUAGUGCUAUGGCUUUUGGCAGCAGUCAUUUGCCCUUCUUUACUACAUGUUUGCAGACAGAGUUCAUUCAAAGGGGGAAGAACAGUAAACAACUAAACUUUAGAUCCUUAUCCUGCCUCGAGAUUGAAAGGAAAUGACAUCAAUUUUCCUCUUACUAUUGUGUUUCUGGAAACAAUGAACGUUUACUUACAUGUCACGAACUAGUUCGUUCAAAUAAUUCGAAUUAGUGAAAGAAGUACAAACAUUGGAUUAUCACAUUUAAAGCAAAAUAACACAAAAGAAUUAUAAUAAUUUAAUUGCCCGAGAUUCCAUUGCCUAUGUAAAGAACAAUAAUUAAUUACUUCGGUCCUCAUCAUUUGCUUAAAGAUGAGGGAGAGAUAGGAGGAUAGUAGUUGGGGGGAAUAUGGCAAUUUCAAGUGGAGUACAGAUUUAAAGAGAAGCUUAUAGAAGAUCCAUUUAGGACAAAGAGAUAAAAGGCAUUUGGCCAAAAUUGAUGAUGGUAUUGUGAUUAAGCAGUGAACAUUUAAAAUCAUGAUUUCAUGAAACAAAGCAACAAACUAUUAAGACUCUAGAAAAGUAUAUGGAAAUGAUACCCAAAUCAUGAAUGUACAAAAUUUGGGAGAUGUAUUUCAGUUGUGUUUUUUCAAUUAUAUAUUUUCGCAAUUGAGGAUAAAUCAUGAUUCUUUAUUCAAGAAUAAUGAUAGGAGAUUUAAAAAUACACGAUCUGAUCAUUAUUCUUUAUAGAUGAAUUUCUUCAUUGAUGUACAUAUGACUUGCACUAUGAAUUUUCUAUCCAAAAUCAAUAUCUUUAUCAUUGAGCGACAUAAUUUCAUACACAAAAAUACCAGUAUCCAUAUUUUUACCACCAAAACAAGAAUCAAUCAUCCAAACCAUUCUAAAAUUCUUUCCAACCCCAUAAUCAAUUCGGUUGGUGCUGUAGAUUAGCAUUUUCUUUCUCCACCCAAAAAGUCUUACAGGUCCAUCAAAACUCUACCACCUUAGCCCUUUACGUGUUUGUUUUUUUGACCAUUUUCAACCGAAACAUUUCAUCAUGGUGCUAAUUAAAGGUCAAACGAUCUUGUGAAGUGUCAAUGAAGCCACCAAUGAGAAAGCAAAACGAAACAAGACUUAUAUUAUAUACCAUCAUUCCUCCCUCGUCGAUCUUAACUAAUUACUUGGUUGAAUCUAGGCAUCUAGCUAGUUGGUGAUUUCAGCACCAACAAAUUAUACUCCUCCGAUCCAUUAUCUAUUUUCCAUAAUUUACCUUACAUUAUUACAAAUAUUCACAAUACAAAAAUCGAUUAUUAUGCAUAAGACAUCGAGUUUAUUUUUACAACAAGGGAUCACAAUUAGGAAUGGCAAUGGGCAGGUUCGGGGUGGGUAUCCUGAUACUCAUAUUCUUCUCGUGGGUAGUGACAGGUCAGUAAUUAGCACAUGUCGUCAAUUGGGGCAGGUCGACUCAUAUGUGUAUGUAAUUUAAAAGGAAAACAUUGUAAACAUUUCAUUUUUUUCAUAUAAAAGAAACUCAGAGAACAAACUAUAGUAUGAUAAAUAUAAUUCAAUUAUUCUAGAAAUUGAGGUUCUUAAAUAUGUAAUAUAGCUAAAAUAUGAGGUAACAAAGGUAAAAUUCUAAG